CUCUGUGUCUUCCCGUGAGAAUGGCGGCGCACAAGACGUUUCUUCUGGUCGCACUGUGCAUCCUCGUAGAACUCCUCGUCACCGCCAAUGGCGCCCAUGAGCAGAGUAAGACCUCCUGGCCCACUGGCCUGCAGGCAUGCCUGCAAUGCUGCAUUUGGUCUGCAUGCGUUCAUUCAUUCUCGAUCUGCCGGUGCGUCAAUGUGCGCCCAUCGACGAGAAAUACGUGCGCCAUGCGUUCAUAUGUGCGUGUGUGUGGGGGGGCUGCACUGUUGCAAUGCAGGGACGUCUGCCGAACUGUCCCUCGUGCAGCUGCAGGAGCAGCUUGACCGCUACCAGGAGGCCAUCGAUGCCUUCAACCGCACCACAGCGGCCGCCAACAACCUCGCCCUCCUUGCGCACAACGUCCUCCACCACGCUCAGCAAAUACUCCCGCAACCUCUGACGCACCUCAGUGAAUACGUAAGGGCGACACCAGCUGAACUCCACACGUCAAUGGACCGCUGCUCUUGUGCUGAUUGUGUGUCAGAGUGACAUCUUCGAUGCCGUCCUUCACGGCGAUGAUGCGGCGGUCAAUCAGCUGCUGGAGGGGGACCCCACACUGAUCGACAAACGAGACUUCUAUGGGGUGUGCAAUCGGGAAGGACGAUAGAAAUGCGCUCAGUGGUCUGUCUGUGUGUUCUCAUCAAUGCGCGCAGAGGACACCGUUCCUCGAUGCUGCUGAGAAGGGUCACGUGGGCGUCAUGAAAGCCAUCCAUGAGAGCAAAUCUGACGUGCUGCAGCAAACAACAGACGUACGCGGUACCGACACAGACAAAGAAUGAUCUGUGCUGCUGGUGAGUGAUGAGGAGCGAUGUGUGUGUUGGCUGUGAUGCAAUGCAGGAUAAAAAGAAUGCCCUGCACCUCGCUGCCUACGAUGGUCAUGUUGCGGCGGUCGAUCAGCUGCUGGAGUGGAAUCCCAAACUGAUCGAUGCAGCUGACAAGGUGACAGAGCACACACACGUCUCUGACACCUCAGUGUGCCAACUGUGUGUGUGUGCGUUGAUUGCAGUAUGACAACACGCCACUCAUGGGGGCUGCCUUCGGUGGUCAUGUCGAGGUGAUGGAGGUUUUGUAUGCCAAAGGAGGGGAAGAGCUUCUCAAACAGACGAACAAUGUGAGACCUCAUUCGCGAAACAGAAACACAGAAUGCCUCUCAUCUGUCUGAUUGCCUUUGCCUGUCUGCAUGACACACACAGGACAACUGGACGGCACUCCAUUGGGCUGUAUGGGGGGCUGCGCGCCAUGGCAACUCUGCAGCUGUGUCUCAGCUGUGAGCGACACAGAUGACUGACUGACGCGAAUGUCUCAUCCAAUCUCUCUCGGUCUCUCUGUGUGUCUGUCUCAAAGGCUCAAGUGGUAUCCCGAACUGCUCGACAUCGAAGACAACGACGUCAGUACACACAGACAUUCACACCAUCGAUGGUUUGAGUCUUGUGCUUAUCGCAUCUCAUGACGGCAGGGGAAGACGCCGUGGGACUUGGCGGAGAGGUACAACGAGGCGGAGAUCGGAGGGAUCAUGGCGAACAUCAACAAGUGUCAAGAAAUUCAAUUCGUAGGCUAGCUCCACAGAUACACACAUACACAUACAUACACACACACAGACUGUAACAGAGAGGGAGACAGAGUGAGAGACACACAGAGAGAGAGGUUUUCCUGGCUGGCUGUGUCUCACUCAGUGAAUUGUCCUCCAACGGAUGGAUGGAUGCGUCACGACCUCGGUCUCUUUUCUUUUCUUUUGUGUUGUUUGUUUCUUUUUUUUUCAUUUUUGCCGGAGAGGAGAGAGGGGCAAAGGGAAGAGAGAGGGGGAAGGGGAACAUGCGAACGGAACACUGACCGUCUCGAUCGAUCCGAAGGACUCUUAAGAUGCAUGAUCGAUA